UUUUCUCUCAGUUUCAUCAUAGCACUCGAGCCGAACUGAAUGCAGCAACAUUCAGUGGAUGCACUAUAUUUUGUGGUAAUCUAUUCACGUCCGAUCCGUUGACAGUUCUAAUUCGUGGUAGCGUAAGUUCGACCGACGCUUUCGCUGACUAGUGAAUUCCGUGCAUAUCACUAUCUUUGAUUUUGAAUAGAUAGUUUAGACUCGACUUUAGAGUGAAUCGUCCAUAUGCUUUUGAAACAAAGUGCCAAAUCGGUGUUGUUCUGAAGGACAACCAGUGCUUCGUUUUAUAACAAGUGGAUUAUGUAAUUAUAUGCAAAGUGCACUUGAUUCGUCUUUUGAUACAGAAAAUAUAAAUUUUCCCGGACAUUUCUUGACUUCACAAUGGGUAGCCCGAAGCAAGAUGUCAACGUUGACAUGCAGCUGCUGAGUAAACAACCGUCUCCAACGAGAAACGGCGAGACGAUAGUGGACGAGAAUUACGACCCGCAUCUUCACCGAAAUCGGCCUCACCCAACGACUAACUUUGAAACGUUGGUACACCUGCUGAAGGGGUCUCUGGGUACGGGAAUCUUGGCAAUGCCUCAGGCUUUCUGCAAUUCCGGUUACGUGUCCGGAGUGAUCAAUACCAUACUGAUUGGAGUGCUGUGUACGUACUGUUUACAUGUUCUAGUUCAAGCUCAGUAUGCUCUAUGCAAAAGGCACCGAGUCCCCAUACUGACUUAUCCAAUUUCGAUGAAAAUGGCCCUGGAAGAAGGACCCCAGUGUCUGAGGAAAUAUGCACCAUUCUCAAUCAUAAUCGUUGACGGGUUUAUGAUACUUUAUCAGCUUGGGAUAUGCUGUGUUUACAUAGUGUUCGUGGCUACCAACAUAAAACAGCUCGUCGAUGUGUGGUAUCCAUUGGAUGUGAAAAUUCACUGCCUGAUUCUGCUGGUUCCACUAAUAGGUAUUAACAUGAUCCGCAACCUGAAAAUUCUGGCACCGUUCUCUUCGUUGGCUAACGUGAUUACAUUUGUCGGAAUCGGCAUAAUCUUACAUUACAUUCUGGACGAUAUACCACCAAUUUCGGAGCGAGAAAUGAUGGCUGACAUCGGUAAAUUCCCACUAUUCUUCGGAACGACGUUGUUUGCGCUGGAAGCUGUUGGAGUGGUUAUAGCCCUAGAGAACAACAUGAAAACUCCAAAGUCGUUUGGAGGAGCUUUUGGUGUACUCAACGUAGGUAUGAUCAUCAUUGUGUUUUUGUAUGCUGCGAUGGGUUUCCUUGGUUACUUAAAGUAUGGCAACGAUGCACUUGGUAGCGUAACGUUGAAUCUACCGGAGGGUGACUGGCUAUCACAGAGCGUUCGAAUUCUUUUCGCGAUUGCUAUAUUCAUUUCCUACGCACUGCAGUGUUACGUCCCGGUGGAUAUCAUUUGGAAUGUUUAUCUCGUCGAUAGGUACAAGGACUCGAGUAAAAAAAUGGUCUAUGAAAUGUUGGUUCGCAUCGUACUAGUAAUUGUGACCUUUUUACUGGCGGUGGCCAUCCCACGUCUGGGUUUGUUCAUCUCACUGUUCGGAGCGCUUUGCCUGUCGGCCCUUGGAAUUGCUUUCCCUGCCAUUAUGGAAAUUUGCGUCAAAUGGCCUGACAAGCUGGGACCAGGAAAAAUAACCCUCUGGAAGGACAUUAUUCUGAUUAUUUUCGGUAUUGUCGGUCUCGUUGCCGGCACGUAUACCAGUGUUCGUGACAUUAUCUACAGCUUUCAGUAAACAGUCUUUUUUAUUGCCAUCAACUGAACCAAAGCAAUUUCAAUCGGGUACAGACAGCGCGUAGUACACCAAUUGUAGUUAGUAAUGCGGCCCACUGAGUAGCCAUACUCAACCUAUAGAAGGCGAAUAUGAUAGACUGUAGUCUUUGUGCUAUUUUUAUAUUUUUCUAAAUGGUACUGCUCGUAUACUGGAAGAGGUUCCACAAUCAACGCACAGAGCAUAAGCAGCAUAAAAGCUGAAAUAGUUAGCUAUUGCUUCGAUGUUGAAAUACGCAUAUAUGCAACGAACAGAACAUCAGAAACUAUAUUCGGAAUCUCUGAAUUACAUAUCAUUUAGCAAAGAUUGGAGAAGAUUUCGGUCUUAUUAAAAUUUACGAAACAUUUGAAUUCAGUUCCUUCUAUUUGGUUUGUUUUCCUAGUUGAUUUAUAUACUUUAGUAUUGUUUUAUAUCUUCGUAUGGUAUUGGAAUGUGAUGAACAGGCGUUGCUGUUCACGAAACCGUACUAUUUCGAAAACGUAGUUUAACAGAAACACUUACGACUGUAGUUUUUAUUAUAAGUAAUGAUAAUUUGUUUUUGUAAUGCCAAAUUGAACGCUCAAAGCAUAUAUUCUGGGGAAAUAAAACGAUUUCAACCAUUUGUUGAAUUACUUGCUAAUUCCA